GGAAAAGGCGCCCACCGUCGGUCAAACUACACCAGCAUCCCAGCCAAAACCUACCUGGCACCAGCCAACAACCCCGUCAGCUGCCUUCCACCCAAAUGCCCGAUCAGCUGCCUCCCAACCAACAGCCUGUCCAGCUGCCUCCCAACCAACAGCCUGUCCAGCUGCCUCUUACCCCCAGCCAUCGACUCGGCCAAUGGUCUUCAAACCAACAGUCCGGCCAUCAACCCGACCAGCUGCCUCUCAGUCAACAACUAGGCGACCAGAUAUAGCCUGCAGCAAGCCAGCCAGAUCCGGCUGUUCAAUCGGUGUCUACGAAGCAAAACUGUUCACUGCAGCUUUUAUGCUAGCGUUUUUCGGUUUUCUAAGAGUGGGCGAAAUAGCUGUUCCUAAAAAAGGUGAUAGUAUUUUACAGGCAGCGGUGUUGGCAAUAGAAGAUUUACAUUUUGAUCACAAUGGGGUAAUCAUUUCAAUCCGGCAUUCAAAAACUGAUCAGUUGGGCAAAGGGGUAGCGCUCAAAAUUACUAGGUCAAACAGUGAAUUUUGCCCAGUUGUGUGUCUUAACCAGUAUCUUCAUGUUCGUCCUCAAGGGCCUGGUCCCUUGUUUUUGCACUUUAACAAACAACCAAUUACUCGUUACCAAUUUUCUGCUAUUCUUAAGAAAACGGUUUCUCUUUUGGGUCUAAAUUAUGGGUCUUACAAAUCCCACUCCUUCAGAAUUGGAGCAGCAACUGCAGCUUCCCAACUAGGCUAUUUAGUUGAGAUCAUUAAACAGGCAAGCAGAUGGGCUUCCAAUGCCUACCAAACAUAUGUUCGUCCUGUUCCUGUUGUCAUGCCCAGCCUAAUAAAUAACCCCCAUUAAAAAGGUAUGGUUCAUAUAGUUAGAUUCAUGUGACUAACAAAAACCAAGUUGUAUUUAGGGAAAACCAUCUGGAUACUGGGUUCAUCAAUAAUCAAGCAAGCCUUCAUAGCAGCAAGAUUACGACCUGAAGGGGCCAACCUCUGCCUUGAACCCAACAUCAUCUGGUGGCAAGGGUACAGUGGG